UGUCUCCGCCGAGACUCCGUACCGCGAACAAGCAGCAGCGAACGAGCCAACGCGGCCACUCCAGCCUGCUGCUGCCGCCCAGCCGAACAGCGCUCCGCUGCCCUGAGGGGGAAAACUUCCACACAACUCGCUAACUCCGCUCCUGCUCUCCGCUUCUCCUUUACUACUCAGGGCCUGGAUGUGAGAGGACGAUUUCUGAGAGAAAACGCUGCUAGAAUUAACUUUUUACGGCGAGUUUUGUGUGUUUUUUUGCUCGGUACGGUCUGAGCUGUACGGGCGCUGCUGGACUCUGCGCUCUGCUCUAUCUACCUUACCCUGCUACCGCUGGCUUUUGUGUUUAUUUUUACUGCUUCUUUAUUUCUUCCUAUAAAGUUUGAACAGACCAGACAAAAAAAAAAAAAAAAAACAGAAAACGCGUGGAUCAAACUAUUUUACUUUUUUUUUCUUUUUUUUACAUUGGCUUUUAAAACAUACAGUUAGCUAGGUUAUAUAUUUAUAUAUGUAUUAUUUUGUUUUAUAGUUUUAAUUGUUUAAAUAAAAAGUUAGCCAGUACUGAUACUAGUACUCAAUUUAGGCCCAAAGAAUAAACUUUUUUUUUAAGAAAGGAGAAAAAAAAAAGAAGAAAGAAGGAAAAAAGACAGAGAAAGAGGGACUUGUAUCUCCAUGAGGAACUCCAACACAGGAGAGGGGUCGUAGUAAAGACUGCAUAUAUAAGCUAGCUACAUAGCUCUCUAUAUUUUUCUUUUUAAUUAUUUUUUUUAGUUUUUUAUUAUUCGCCGCAGCGAUGAAGACGGCUCUAGCCCUCGCUGUUUGUGCGUGUGCCGUGAUUUUGGUCUCCGCCGCCGCGGCUGAGCAGAAGUCCAAGAACUGCAACGAAGUCCGAACCGCCUACAGCUCCAAGGGCUUCAACAUCAACGACGUUCCCAACAAAGGAGUGCAGGGAGCCCACCUGAAGGUGUGUCCUCAAGGUUUCUCCUGCUGUACUCUGGAGAUGGAGGAGAAGCUGAGUCAGCAGAGCCGCACAGACCUGAAGGCCCCGGUCUCUCAGCUAAGCUCUACCCUGCAGAGCACCUUCACCCAGAGACACCAACACUUCGACCAGUUCUUCAAAGAGCUGCUCACCAACGCCGAGAAGUCGCUGCAUGACAUGUUCGUGCGCACCUACGGCGUGAUGUACGUAAAGAACGCCGAGCUGUUCAAGCAUUUCUUCCACGAGCUGCGCCGCUACUACGCCUCCGGGGGCGCCGCCGUGCACCUGGACUCCAUGCUGUCCGAGUUCUGGGCCGAGCUGCUGGAGCGCAUGUUCCGGCUGGUCAACGUUCAGUACGAGUUCACCGACGGCUACAUGGAGUGCGUGAGCCGGCACACGGAUCAGCUCAAGCCCUUCGGAGACGUGCCGCGCAAACUGAAGCUGCAGCUGACCCGGGCCUUCGUGGCAGCUCGCACCUUCACCCUCGGCCUGGCGCUCAUCCCUGACGUCGUCAGCAAAGUCUCCACGGUCAGUGCGUCUCCGAGCUGCGUGAGAGCAGCGAUGAAGAUGCUGUACUGCCCGUACUGCUCAGGCCAGGUGGCACUGAAGCCCUGUAAAAACUACUGCCUGAACGUGAUGCGCGGCUGCCUGGCCAACCAGGCCGACCUGGACACCGAGUGGAACAACUUCCUGGAUGCCAUGUUGAGUCUGGCUGAGCGCCUGGAGGGGCCAUUUAACUUUGAGUCCGUGAUGGACCCCAUUGAUGUGAAGAUCUCUGAUGCCAUCAUGAACAUGCAGGAGAACAGCAUGCAGGUCUCACAGAAGGUGUUCCAGGGUUGUGGACAGCCUAAACCCAUGUAUCGCUCCAAGCGUUCUACUAAAGACUCGGGCUUCCCUGGCCGCUUCCGUCCCUACAGCCCGGACACCAGACCGACCACCGCAGCCGGCACCAACAUGGACCGACUGGUGACAGAUGUGAAGAAGAAGCUGAAGCAUGCCAAGAAGUUCUGGUCUACACUGCCAGACACAGUCUGUGUUGGAGAUAGGGUUGCCCAGGCUGAUGACUGCUGGAACGGCACAGCCAAGAGCAGGUACGAGUCUGUAGUCAUGGGCAACGGCUUGGCCAACCAGGUUUCUAAUCCCCAUGUUGAAGUAGACAUCACCAAGCCAGAUGUUGUGAUUCGCAGACAGAUUGCCGUGUUGAAAGAAAUGACCAGCUGGCUGAAGGCUGCCCACAGUGGAAAUGACAUCACUUUUGAUAACGAAGAUGAAACCAGCGGAGAGGAAAGCGGCAGCGGCUGCGAUUCACCUUCCUGCGCAAACGACAAAGACAUAUACUUCCCCACCCCGACGCCUUUCAAGCCCCGCAUGGUUCACCGAGAGGAUUCCUCCAGCGGCGUCCGGUUGUCCCCCUCCAGCCUGGCUCUGGCUCUUGCAGGCCUUGCUCUGGCCCUCCUGGCCCCCCAUGCCAGAUAAGAGUGCCUGAGACAACAGAGAAGAUGAGCAUUACUGAGGAAAACCAGAAACUGUCAGAGGACAUUUAUAAAGAGAAGAGAAAAGAAAAGCAAAAUGAAAGACCGCCUUCAGGACUAUGGUCUGCCUGCCAUCUAGGGAAGACUCAAGUUAUUAAUAUUGUAACUUCACCUUAAUUUUGUUUUUUUUUAUAUAUAUAUAUAUAUAAAAAUGGACGUUCAUGUACAGCAGUGGGAAUUUCAGCAGCGAUACGCCUACUUUUUUUGGUCCAUUUUCACACUGGACUUUGCUCUUUGCUCCCUCCAGCCGUUGUCAGUGUUCCGAGUGCCACACAAUCAGAUGUAUGUUCUUUGAUUUAAUUUGAUUUUUUUUUUUUAAAUGAGCUUUAGCUGUCUUUUUUUCCUUUACUUUCUGCAUUUUAGGAAUUAAGGUGCACAUGUGUGAGUGUGUGCGAGAGUGCGAAUGUGUAUAUGUAUGUGUGCUCUUCUAUGACUGACUGUGUGUAAUCAUGUGAGACACUUUUCCCUAAGAUAGCUCAUUAAUCCAGCUCUGUUCCACAUGUUUAUUAUACAGAAUGAGGCAGAAAUGUCGGUACAUAUUCACUGGAGGUAAAACACCUUGUGCCUGUCCCCCUGUCACACCAGCAUGCGUUCCUAGACACAAUGAGAGCAGCGGAGAGCCAAGCCGUAGAAAAGACAAAAAAAAGAAAAGAAAUAAAAGAUGACUUGGUAGUUUUUUUUUUUUGUGUGAGGGAAUAGAAGCGAAACAGUUCACACACAGAGAUUUGAAGCUUUUCUGUUUUUUUUUCUCCUUUUUUGUUUUGUUCUGUUUUGCAAUUCUAUCAGUAGCAGCGCCCACAUUGAUCUCAGAUGAGCACAUUUUCCUUCAGGGGGCUCCAUUAUUUUAGAGCGGAACGCUGUAUCUUAUCAUAAAGGAGAGUAUGAGCUGAUUGAAAUGAUUCUGCUUAAUGGAGCUGGAAGCUUUUAGAACGGCCUUUAUGUUGAUCUGAAUGCUGAUUUGUUGAUGAAAGGCCCUUUAUAUAGGCCCAUUAGUGCCCCUUUUAACAAGAAAAGGCAAACCUGGGGAUGACCUGUGCCUGGUGCAGAGACAACUGUGCACAGAUGUGACCUGGUCACGCGGCUUUAAUCAGAUUGGUAUGUCGCUGCAGUUGGAGUUCGCUGUGUAAAUGAAUUAGCCGAACUGACAGAAUAGUUGUGUGAGGGUAGGGCUGGACAAUAAUUCAAAAUCAAUAUAUUUAUAGUGAUACACAAUGUUUUAAUAGCGGUGAUAUGAAUUGGAACAGAUUUCUGAUAUUUUAAUAUACAUUAUUUACAGCAUCUGUCACUGACAAGUGACAAGAUCAGAAUUCUAUCAUAUUGACCAAAAAUAAGAAAGAUCUUGUGAUAUCAAUUUUGGCUGUAUCGUCCAGCCCUUUAGGAAAUAAAAUAAAUAAAGCUUUAGAAAAGACUAAAUGAGAGCCACCUGGACAGAUUGUGUACAUUGCUGUGAAGGAGUUAGGAUUGGAAAUAAUAAUAAUAAUAAUAAUGAUGAAAAUAACACAUAAAACAGGGUUUUUAUGGGGAUUUUAUUUCAUUUUGUUUUUAUUUUGUUAGAAGUAUCUUUAUUCUAAGGUGUAAAUCUAUAUAUAUAUUAGGUACUACAGCAACGUUUCCACGGCCAAUCUGUGUGACUGAUUAAUGGUGCUUUUUUUGUUUGUUUUGUUUAGUUUUUUUGAGCAGCGUGGAAUGAGCUGUCUCUGUAUGUGUAAAUGUUUGGGUAAAUGUUUUCCUUUCCAUUUGUUCGGCUCAUUUGGCAGACCCUUAAACUCUUAACCUUUUGGGUCUGAGACUGACCUGCGAGAGCUGUGAGCGUGACCUGCCUCUCGCGCUCCAUAUGCUAGUUCUCUAGUCUCUCUGCUUUACAAGAAUUACAGAUGUUUAUAUAUUUCCCGCUGAACUGCAGCCUGCCCUUGGUACGUUUUUUUUUUUUUUUUUAGUUUAACAUUAAUUUUAUAGUUUUUUUUUUUUUAUCAUGUUGUUCCCCACACUGGAACAUAGGGGGCAGCGUUAUUAUUGUAAUUUUGUACACAAUCUCUCACACAGCAGCAGUAUAUAGCAGUUAUAGCUUCUAUUCUUAUAUUUGUGGCUUGCAGACUUUGCAGGUGUUCUCAUCUGCUCGCUUUGCAAGCCUGUACUCGUGUCAGUUUUCCUCUCGAUAACUCGAUAAGAAGUACAGUAUUACUACAGACAAUUACAACUCUCAAAAGUAUUCCACCCAUUACCCAUUUCACUCAGCAUCUCUCCCUCCUUUGCUUUUGUACAGUAAGUUAUUUAACUGCAUGUCUCUCUCUCUUUCUCUCGUGCACACUCUCUCUUUUAAAUUGCUUUUACAAAACAUGAUCUCAGAUAUUGCUUUCAUAGAUUACUAAAGUACAGUAUUCCAAAAAAAAAUUAUAUAUAUUUAUAUCUGUAGAUGGUCGCAUUUUAACACUUUUCAUGAAUUACCUGAUUUUAUAUUGGUUCAAAUGUCAUGUUUAUGUAAAGCGUAGAAUUUUCUUUUCUUUUUUUUUUGUUAACCAUUUUAUCACUCGUCAUCUUUGGCCUCCUAAUUGCCAUUUUGACCCAUGAAUAGCUUUAAGUGUGGUUUAAGUCGUGAGAAGUUUGCAGAGUGAAGGACAUGGUUAGGGGGACAUGGUGGGACAGGGCUGGCCACACGUUCUUGAGUGUCCUGUAAUGUCAUUAUGCACUUUUAAUCGCCAAUUAAUUCAUAAAUUCAGAUCCACACCACAUGGCGCCCAAGCCCAGGAUUCAACCCAAACACCUGUAUGGACACACCUGUUACAUAUCUUUCCAGUCCACUGUGUUCUGUGUUUGUACGUGUGCCAUGACCGGAGCGCCAGUGAUCCAUCUCCUGGCAUCAAAACCGCACAAAGAAGGAUCUCCCAUCUCCAGGAAUGGCAGCGUCUCACCUUUAUCAAUCUCACUCCACGUCCAUCAGCGCUGCAGUGAUACAGACACUGAUAACACAGAGCGAGGGGAGGAGCUAUCCCUCUUCAUCCAGCAGUCUGGUCUCUGAGUGGGAUUACUGAUGAACUACAGAAUGAAGAUGAUGCAGUCCCCCUCUGUCUCUCUCUCUCUCUCUUCACAGCCGGGAUGAUGGAGCUGAGAUCUAAUUUUAAUGAGAAGUAAGAGAGACUCGAAUACAAAGAGGAAAAGAAGUUUUAAAAAGUGUAAAUAUGAAGCAGCCGUUGUAGAGAGUCUCUGAGAGAGUUCCUAACAGUCCAGAUUUUACUCUUUCAGAGGAUCUGCUUAACACAGGGGGGAACCAAGGAGGUUAGAUGCUACAAAUGUAAGAGAAAAGGUAUAUUAAACAUGUCCAAGUCUUGAGAAAUAAAGACUGCAGAUAUUUAAAA